AAGGCGAGAUUAUUAAUUGCGCCCGUGGUUUGCGCAGGAGUUGGAAACGCAAAAGGCAGCGCGGUGCUCUGCCCCGAGGUUCGAGUGCAGUGCCUGCCGCUGUCCGUUGUCCCCCAAGUGGGGACCUGACUUUUAGGAUAUCUGCGGGGGUCCUAGGCUGGCUCGGCCCGCUCACCUGCGGGUACCUACGCCCAGCCACCCGCGAAGCUUCCUGCCCGUGCCCCGCCCCCAACGCCCAACUUUCUGGGGGCUCCCCAGCCGCUGGGAGGGCGUUGGAGGGGAGCCCUAGGGCUCGGGAAAGCUCCCUCUCCGGAGUUGGGACACCAAGCAGGCGGCUGGAACCCGGACGCCCCCCAAGGCUGCGGCCGGAGGGCUGUUCCAUGGUUGUGUUGGGCACAUCACCCAUUCAGGGCCCUUUAAAGACCAGGAUUGAUUGGAAGAACAAAAAUUAAAAGCAAUCUGAUCCAGCCCCAUGCCGGAUCCCAGCGGAUUUUCUCCUUAUCCCGUUUCCAUCCACUGUCACAAUUUGAGAGUCUGCCCCAUUUGAUCAGCUUCACCUCCGGGGGAGGUAUAAUGCCAGGGUUAGGAGGACGCCAAGUUACAGGCAACUUUUUGAUCUGCCCAUCAGCAGUCUGAGAAACGCUGGCUCUGAAUUUUCUGUAUUGGCCGUUUGGAACAAACAAGUUCCUCGCUGUCGGCAAACGCAGCGAGAUCGAGACUCUGGGACAUCCCAGUCACCAUCACCUGGUAGAUGUGGCAUUUCCAUGCGGAGGCCUCAAGUCCCCCCUGACCCCACCGCUGCCUGUCCAGGGCCCUUCCAGGCCCCACCCCUGCCGCGCCAUGCUGCACCUGCUGGCGCUCCUCCUGCACUGCCUCCCGCUGGCCUCUGGGGACUAUGACAUCUGCAAAUCCUGGGUGACCACGGAUGAGGGCCCCACCUGGGAGUUCUACGCCUGCCAGCCCAAGGUGAUGCGAUUGAAGGACUACGUCAAGGUGAAGGUGGAGCCCUCAGGCAUCACGUGUGGAGACCCCCCUGAGAGGUUCUGCUCCCAUGAGAACCCUUACCUGUGCAGUAAUGAGUGUGAUGCGUCCAAUCCUGACCUGGCCCACCCACCCCGGCUCAUGUUCGACAGGGAGGAUGAGGGGCUGGCCACCUACUGGCAGAGUGUCACUUGGAGCCGCUACCCCAGCCCGCUGGAGGCCAACAUCACCCUCUCGUGGAACAAGAGCGUGGAGCUGACAGACGAUGUGGUGAUGACCUUCGAAUACGGCCGGCCCACCGUCAUGGUCCUCGAGAAGUCCCUGGACAAUGGGCGCACGUGGCAGCCUUACCAGUUCUAUGCGGAGGACUGCAUGGAGGCCUUUGGCAUGUCUGCCCGCCGGGCCCGCGACAUGUCGUCCUCCAGUGCCCACCGGGUGCUCUGUACGGAGGAGUACUCGCGCUGGGCAGGCUCCAAGAAGGAGAAGCACGUGCGCUUCGAGGUGCGGGACCGCUUUGCCAUCUUCGCCGGCCCCGAUCUGCGCAACAUGGACAACCUGUACACAAGGCUGGAGAGCGCCAAGGGCCUCAAGGAGUUCUUCACCCUCACCGACCUGCGCAUGCGGCUGCUGCGCCCGGCCCUGGGCGGCACCUACGUGCAGCGGGAAAACCUCUACAAGUACUUCUACGCCAUCUCCAACAUCGAGGUCAUCGGCAGGUGCAAGUGUAACCUGCACGCCAACCUGUGCUCCGUGCGCGAGGGCAGCCUGCAGUGUGAAUGUGAACACAACACCACCGGCCCCGACUGCGGCAAGUGCAAGAAGAACUUCCGCACGCGGGCCUGGCGCGCCGGCUCCUACCUGCCGCUGCCGCACGGCUCUCCCAACGCCUGCGCCGCUGCGGGCUCAGCCUUUGGCAGCAUUAGCAGGUCCCGGAAAGACCCUGCUCCCAAAGCCCCUGUGGCCACUGAGGUCAUGAGGACGAGUCCAACCACUUCUUCCCCCUCCACAUCUACUGCCCAGGUCCCCACAACCCUCAGCACCCCAGAGCCCACAGAGUGGACCAAGCAGUCUACGGCUGCUUCCCUUGGGGACAGUCCCAGCUGGACCCAAGUGUCCACCAGUGUAGAAGCUGUGGCUCCCUCGGCCGCUGUCCCUGCUCGCCCCAAGGGCUCCAAACUUCUGCAGCUCAAGCCCAAAUCUCCUCAAGUGCUGCCCAUUGAAGAGUUCGAAGACUGUGAAUGCUACGGCCACUCCAAUCGCUGCAGCUACAUCGACUUCCUGAACGUUGUGACAUGUGUCAGCUGCAAGCACAACACACGGGGCCAGCACUGUCAGCACUGUCGCCUGGGCUACUACCGGAAUGGCUCCGCAGAGCUGGAUGACGAGAACGUCUGCAUUGAAUGCAACUGCAACCAGAUUGGCUCGGUGCACGACCGGUGCAAUGAGACAGGCUUCUGCGAGUGUCGCGAGGGUGCAGUGGGGCCCAAAUGCGACGACUGCCUCCCCACGCACUACUGGCGCCAGGGAUGCUACCCCAACGUGUGCGACGACGACCAGCUGCUGUGCCAGAACGGCGGCACCUGCCUGCAGAACCAGCGCUGCGCCUGCCCGCGCGGCUACGCCGGCCUGCGCUGCGAGCAGCCCCGCUGCGACCUCGCCGACCACGACGGCGGCGACCUGGACUGCGACCGCGCGCCCGGCGCCGCCCCGCGCCCCGCCACCCUGCUCGGCUGCCUGCUGCUGCUCGGGCUGGCCGCCCACCUGGGCUGCUGA